AUGCCUCCCCGCGCCCCGCUCGACGAGCCUCCCCUGAUCGAGAGUGCCUACCAUCCGCCUCCGCCGCAGCCGGCGGUUCCACUCGCCGAGUUCUUGGGACUCGUUGCGUUGGCGGAUGGCGACGAGCUUUUCGCCCAAUGCAUCGGCUUGGCCGAGGAAAAUUUGGGCGACCUUUCCCACGAGAUCAAAUACGACCGUGGCCUCGUUUGGCGCAUCGCCCGGGUGCACCGAAUGAGUUUCGCCGUCGCCUAUGACGCGCUGCAGAGUCUCGUUGCUAUCUCUCCGCAUAUGGCUGGAGACGAGGCUGAGCUC